AAUUUAGUCAUAAUUUAUCUGAAAUAGUGACAUACAGCAUGAAGCAGAUGAGUAUUGUAAAAUUUUUUGAGCCAAGCAAGGAAGUAGAGGUGAAUGAAAGUGAUGAAGAAAGUGUCAAAGAGGUUUACAGUGAGGGUUUAAAUCAAGAGCUACAGAAAACACCUCCUAAGUUUAUACAGAUCAGUAGUGAACAUGAGGAAGAUGAGCAGCAUGAAGAGAGACCUUUGAGACAAUCUGCUUGCUCUAUAAGUCUUGAGGUCAAGGAUUCAGGUAUAUCUUCGAACAGAGUUGAGGAUAGUAAAGAUACACUCCCUCAGAGUGUUACUCAGGACUAUCGGGCGUUAUCACAGAUGGAGCAAUGUAUCAUCAAAGUUGGAGCAAAUUUCACUCCAAAAAAUAGAGAUGAAACUCUCAGAUAUAUUCUUAAUAGGAUGGCUAAAAGUUAUGAAAUGGACUUAGAAUUAGCCACGAAAAGCCAGCCAGCUGUACAUAAGAUCCUGUAUAGCAAAUAAGUUAGUCAAGCAACUGAAAGAUAAGAUCACUCAGAAUUUGUUCUUAGCCAAUGAUGGACUAAAUUUUUUGAGCUUAUGGUUAGAGAAAACUAUCAAUGGGAUCUUCCCAAGUAACGAAGUACAAGAAGCGGUUCUUGAAAUUUGUGGGUUCCUUCCUAUUACUCCUGAGCAUCUUCAAGGAACUAGAUUAGGAAGGCAAGUUAAAAAUCUUGAGAAGAAUGCAAAUACAAAAUAAUUUGAAAGAAAUGGCAACAAAGGUUCUCCAUAAAUGGUACAAAUCUAUUCUUGAUCUCGGCAAUGAAUGUAAGAGUCAGAGUAAAUAUGAAGAGAAGUAUCUACAGUACAGAACUAGAAAGCUUCAAGAGGCAGCAAUAGUAAGCAAUGACAAAGAUCCUUCUUGUUGCACUGAAGAUACCAACCCAUCUAAAAUGAAAAUGGAAGCUAAAGGAAAAGUUGGCGGAAAGUCUGUCUCAAGGAAUAUCUCUGUAUUUGAUCUUACUUACAGACCUGUUGCAAACCUUGAAGGAAAUGCUCAAUCUGGAAAUAAGGAAGGAGCAAAGAACCAAAUCAUGAAGAACAUCAGCCAGAUGCAUAAGUCAUCCUUAAAGAGUUCAAAGAAGUAUGGCUAUAUGUCAAGAGCUUGGAAGUAAUGGUUCAGAGAAAAUACAAAGAUAAAACAUUUCUUAGUUCAAAGUAUUAGUUGAU